ACAACAAUGGCGUCGUCGUCAUCGAGCUCUCCAUGCGCGGCGUGCAAGAUUCAGAGACGGAAGUGCACGCAAGAGUGCGUGUUCGCGCCGUACUUCCCACCUGACCAGCCGCAGAAGUUCUGCAACGUCCACAAAGUCUUCGGCGCCAGCAACGUCUCAAAGCUCCUCCAGGAGCUCAGCGCCUCCCAGCGAGAGGACGCCGUCAACUCCCUCGCCUACGAGGCCGAGGCCCGCCUCCGCGACCCCGUUUACGGUUGCGUUGGCCUCAUCUCUGUCCUUCAACACAAGCUCCGCCAAGUCCAGAACGACCUCAACAAUGCCAAGAAAGAACUCGCCUCCUAUAUCGGCCCCCACGCCGCCGCCAGUCUCAAUCUUUCUCUUUUCCAGCCUCCGCCACCGCCUCCGCUGCCGCCAUAUAACAAUCUCCAUCAGCACCACCAACCGCCUUUCUUUCCGCAGCCGUUGAUGGCGAUCCCAAAAGGGGCUUCUUCCUCUUCUUCUUUGCCUCCAGCUGGACAUGAGAUUGUUUUAAAUAUUGACCCUCAUCAGCAACAGCAGCAGCAACACUUUUUCGAGGCUCAGCAGUUGGCGGCGGCCAUGGCGGCGAGAGAGCAGCAGGAGUUGCUGAGGAUUAGUCUUGAGCAGAAACUGAAUCAACCGCAAGAGUUCUUGGCUUCUAGCUCUCACGGAUUCAAUAACCAAAACAUGUCUGGACCAAGUUCUAAUACUAUUUCUCCAACCUUGGCUCUUGGCAGUUCCUUUGACAAUUCCAAUUACCAUGUUAAUCAACCCCAGCAAUCGGAACAUCAUAAUCUUCAUCAUCAUCAACUACUUCGAGAACAGCUCAUGCUCGGCCAAGCCCCACAGCCGGAGGUGGCGCAACAAGUACUCCACCAGCAACAAACCCAGAUCAUGCUUCAGAAGCUAGAGAGUGAGGAGAGCAAGAGUGUU